UGUACUUGAGAAUUGUGUUGUAGGGUUUCAGAUCAUAGGGGUGUUCUGUGCAUUGACAUAUAACAUUAUGCUGUCAUAUUGCCUAUAGGACUUGCCCGUGCAUUGAUAUUUGAGCAGUCAUUUUUAAGUAGGACCGUGCCCGAGCAUUGUGAUAGAAUAUUGUGCCGUCAUUUCUUGAACCUACAAUCAUCUCACCAUGUCUACUUGUGCCUUCGCUAGUUCGAUGCUGCUGCUGAGUGUACUUCUAGUCGGACUUUGUCUGUCCCAUCCAAUCAGCAACCAGGAAACCAAAGGAUCAUAUUCAGACGGACCAGCAUGUUCCGGUGGACCACUAGGAAUGGAGAGUGGGGCGAUCCCUGAUGGGAGCAUUACAGGAUCAUCAUCAUGGGCGUCAACGUACUCACCUCCAAACGCUCGACUCAAUGAGGGAAACAACCGCUGGUGGAUACCAGAAACGGACGAAGAACAAGGCUCUUGGAUUCAAGUUGAUCUAGGACUACCACGCCCAGUUGUUACUGGACUUAUUGUCCAGGGUCAAACAAGAUACUACAUGGAAACCUUCAGCAUUAAGUACAGUUUAACGGGCGAAUCUGAAAGCUGGCAUGACUUGAAGAAUGCGGACGGAGAAACCAUACAGUUCAACGGGAAUGUCGCUGGUGGUGAACGAGUAACUGUCACCUUCCCUGAAAUGUUGAGGACAAGAUUCAUUCGAAUAAUGACACUCACUUGGGUUACACCUCAUCCUUAUUUUGCGUUUGAAGUUCUAGGAUGCCGAGGACUUGGUCUGUCCCAUCCAAUCAGCACCCAGGAAACCAAAGGAUCAUAUUCAGACGGACCAGCAUGUUCCAGUAGACCACUAGGAAUGGAGAGUGGGGCGAUCCCUGAUGGGAGCAUUACAGGAUCAUCAUCAUGGGCGUCAACGUACUCACCUCCAAACGCUCGACUCAAUGAGGGAAACAACCGCUGGUGGAUACCAGAAACGGACGAAGAACAAGGCUCUUGGAUUCAAGUUGAUCUUGGACUACCACGCCCAGUUGUUACUGGACUUAUUGUCCAGGGUCAAACAAGAUACUACAUGGAAACCUUCAGCAUUAAGUACAGUUUAACGGGAGAAUCUGAAAGCUGGCAUGACUUGGAGAAUGCGGACGGAGAUACCAUACAGUUCAACGGGAAUGUCGCUGGUGGUGAACGAGUAACUGUCACCUUCCCUGAAAUGUUGAGGACAAGAUUCAUUCGAAUAAUGACACUCACUUGGGUUACACCUCAUCCUUAUUUUGCGUUUGAAGUUCUAGGAUGCCGAGAUGGUAUCAUCCGGCUAGCUGGAGGUGAUGACGUACUUAGAGGUCGAGUCGAGAUUUACCAUGACGGUGCUUGGGGUGCGGUAUGUGAUACACACUGGGACAUACAAGAUGCAACUACUGUAUGCAGGCAGCUUGGUUUCCUAGAGGCAAGUGAGGCAAAGAAAGGAUCAUUUUACGGAGCGACAGAACUUCCUAUUGUAAUGGAUCGAGUUGCUUGUAAAGGGACGGAGCCAUAUCUUUCCUGGUGCUCAUUUCUUUGCGAAGAAAAUAAUCCAUGCACCAGCACUGCUGGAGUAGUCUGCAAACCAAAUGAUGUGAGGCUUGUGGAUGGACCAACCAUGGGAAGUGGAAGAGUAGAGAUCAAUGUGGAUGGUACAUGGGGCGCCAUCUGCGACAAUGAGUGGGACUUGACUGAUGCUGGGGUCGUCUGCAAACAGCUGGGUUACCCUGGCGCCAUGCAGGCAAAGUUGGGUGCUUUCUUCGGUAAUGGCAGUGGUCCUAACCUCAUGGGUGGGGUUGUCUGUGACGGCUCCGAGGCCAAAAUCACCGACUGUCCAUCGCAUUGCUGGGAUAAACCACAAUGCAAUAACACAGCAACUGCUGGAGUAAUCUGUGUUCAAGGAUGACGAGACAGUUACCACCCAAGGGAAGGCUUGCAGUAGAUGUUCAGAUACCUGGAAUGCCAACGGCGGUGGCUCUUCAAAGUUGAACGUUAUA